AUGACAACAGAAACAAGAACUCUGUCCUAUUUGACUAGAACUCUACGACUUUCAAAAAUCAAUUGGAUCAACAGACGAAAACUCAGAACAUCAUCAUCUACAAUGACACGCGCUGCAGCAAUUUGCGUCGCGCACGGCGGAGGUCCCAUGCCUGUUCUUGGAGACCCUGGUCACGCUUCCAUCACCGCAUCACUCCAAAAGCGCGUGCCCAAGAUUCUGAAGCUCAACACACCAGACGCACCCAGAGCUAUCGUGGUUGUGACAGCACAUUGGUCAGAGGGUGCACCGACCAUCUCAUCAGGGGAUCAUCAUGACCUGUACUAUGAUUACGGCGGUUUCCCGCGGGAGGCAUACGCACUCAAAUAUCCCGCUCCGGGAUCGCCAAAUAUCGCAAAUGAGUUGAAGCAGGCUCUCGAGAAAGAGGGUCUCUCACCGGUAAUGAACUCACGUCGUGGUUGGGAUCAUGGCGUCUUCAUUCCACUCCUCCUCAUUCACCCAGCCGCCGACAUUCCAGUCAUUCAGCUUUCAGUACUGGCCUCUGAGGAUCCCGAGGAGCACUUCCGCAUGGGUCGGGCCCUCUCAGCUCUGCGCGACACCAACGUCGCCGUCGUCGGGUCGGGUUUUGCUUCGCUUCACAACAUGGGGAAGUUGCGGUCACUCAUGAUGGGAGACCCGUCAACGGCAAAGAGGAUCGGGACGCAGGUCAAUGAGUGGAACAAGGAGUUGACGGGCGCCGCACUCCUAGAGAAGCGGGAAGACCGGAUCAAGGCGCUAUCCAACUGGCGAAAAUUCUCUCACAGUUACGAAAUGCACCCUCGUUAUGGCGCGGAGCACUUCAUGCCUCUGCUGGUAUGCGCGGGUGCUGCUGACGACGAGGUUGGCCGGGAGUACAAUGACGACUUCCUUGGGGCGGAUAUCAAGACAUACUAUUGGGGAGAUGUACGUGUCUGA